AUGGCUUCAUCAAGAUGUUCUUUGUCUUCCCAGCUGCUGCUCGGCUUGUUCUUCAUCUUCCUCAUUAUGGGGUCGACGUUGGGCGAUCCCGAAACCGAGGAAAGGAUCAAUAGAGUAUGUCGCCAAAUGGAGGAAUUCGGAUUUUGUAGUCAAACCUUUCAUGAGAAUCUAAAAGGUCCAACAGACUACGUGAGACUAACCCAGAUAGCUAAAGUCGAAGCUAUCAUCAAUGCGACCCGUACCCUAAGGUAUAUCACGAAGCUUCUAGCAUUCGUAAGCGAUCCAGCAUUGAAGAACAACCUGAUAGUGUGUGAAAAUGCAUACGACAUAAUGAAUAAGGCAUUUCUAGAGGGGAUUAAAUAUUUCUUCCAACGAGAUUAUAGAAGCAUGGUGAAUGCAGAGAGGAUUGCACCGAGAGCAGAAGCGAGUUGCAGCGUCAUUUUCGGGACGCCACCGGAGAGAUCGAGCCCACUGGUAGAGAGGAAUAGAGAGAUGAGGAUUCUCAUUGCCAUGGCUUUGGUUUCUGCCUCUUACAUUGCAUCAUAA